AUGUCAUCAUUUCAUGCUGAUGAACCAAUUGAAGAAAAUUCUCAGCCAAGCUCUUUAUUUUUUGCAACUGAAAGAGGAAUAAUAAAGAUUGUCGAAGAGAUGCUUAAAUUGUGUCUGCAAUUAGUUGAGUUUAAGAAUCAUCAAAAACAAAACAUAUUGCAUGUGGCCAGUCAGCACCGUCAGAAGGAGAUAUACAAUCUCGUGAAAUCGAUGAAGAUACCAAUGAAAAGGUUAGUCCGAGGGAUUGACAAAAAUGGCUACACCAUUUUACACCAUGCUGCAAACAUGAAGGAUGACGAUAAAGAAACUCACCCUAUAAGACCUGUCUACCAACUGCAAGAAGAGCUAAAGUGGUACAAGCGUGUAGAGAAGAUGACGCCCUCCCAUUAUUGCGUGUUUCUAGAGUCUGAGUUUCAUAAGAAUUGCAAAGAACUCUUCAUUAUCAAGCAUAGUAGACUAUUAAAGGAUGCCCAGAAAUGGAUAAAAGAGACUUCUCAGUCUUGA